CUAAAACUUGGAACUAAACCUCCCUCAGAUUGAACUCUUAUCUUACUAUCAUCCUUUGACAUGCGCUUUGCAUUUGUCUUCGAUGCCAUCGGCACCUUCGUCUUGCUUCCUCUCAGCCAAUGUCGGCCGCUUGGUCCUAGCUGCAGUCAACUACAAGGGGUUGACUCCAAGCUUGACAGCCUCCAAGACGCUGCCGAUCAGGUUCACCCCAAUGACGGAAACAUCUUUGGCAAUGCGAGACUAGAUGGCAUGCGCAACUCUAUCGAAUCCUCGAGUGAUUUGAUACACCAAAAGGAAGAUGAGGAAUGCGACAACAACUCUGACAAGUCCGACGAUUUACUUGAUUCUACUCUGAGCACCCUGUCGGGAUUGUAGGCUGGCUAAAGUUGGCAUUGGUAGACAAGCAAUUGUCCAAGAUUUGCUUUCUGCUCUCUCGUUUUGUUGGUAGGUUUGCUUGAAGUUUUGGCUGGGACGAGCAGUACUAGUACUACUCUUGUCGUGUUCAUCUUUCAGGGCCUGUUGCGUAUGGGUGAACAAGAGUAGUAUUCGAUGUACCAGGUUUGGCAUUCACAGUUUUUGUGAAACCUUCAACCUCGUUGUCGAGCUUCUACUUUG